GCGCUGUCCUUUGGGAGGCGGGACUUUGGGGCCUGUGGCGAGCACUGUCAGCGAUAACAGAACUCGCGAUUCUUUUGGCCAGACGCGGCUUAGCAGUUGUGUGGUCCCGGAGCCAAGGCCCACAGGGACUCCGCAGCUAUCACCUGCGUGCUUGCCCGUCAGCCAAUCGUGGGCCCCCUGACUGCGGCACCCUUUGACCCCGGGCCUUCAGGAAUCCAGUCCCGCUCAGCCCAGCAGCCCGGCUCCGCGCCGGUCCCCGCCUCUAGCAAACCGUUUACUAGAUUGGAGUGUAAAGUAUGUCAUCAUGGCAAAAUUCCGAAGAAGGACCUGCAUCAUUUUGUCACUUUUUAUUGUAUUUAUUUUCUCUCUGAUGAUGGGCUUAAAGAUGCUGUGGCCAAACGCAGCAUCCUUUGGACCACCUUUUGGACUUGACCUCCUUCCAGAACUCCGUCCACCGAAUACCCACUUGGAAAACAAAGCCGACUUCCAAAGGAGUGAUCGAAUCGACAUGGAAACAAAUACCAAGGAUUUGAAAGGGGCUGGUAUGACUGUGCAGCCCCCCAAAGCCUCUGAGGUGAACCUGGAAGAACUGCCUCCACUGAAUUAUUUUGUACAUGCAUUUUAUUACAGUUGGUAUGGAAACCCACAGUUCGAUGGUAAAUAUGUACACUGGAACCACCCAGUCCUGGAACACUGGGACCCUAGAAUAGCCAAGAACUAUCCACAAGGAAGACAUAGUCCUCCAGAUGACAUCGGCUCCAGUUUUUAUCCUGAGUUAGGAAGUUACAGCUCCCGAGACCCUUCUGUCAUAGAAACUCACAUGAAACAAAUGCGCUCAGCCUCCAUUGGAGUACUGGCCCUGUCUUGGUACCCACCUGAUGCAAGUGACGAGAAUGGAGAAGCUACUGAUUACUUGGUACCAACUAUUUUGGAUAAAGCUCAUAAAUAUAAUCUGAAGGUCACUUUUCACAUAGAACCAUAUAGCAAUCGAGAUGACCAAAACAUGCAUCAAAAUGUGAAGUAUAUUAUAGAUAAAUAUGGAAACCAUCCAGCCUUUUAUAGGUACAAGACCAGGAUGGGGCAUUCUCUACCCAUGUUUUAUAUCUAUGAUUCUUAUAUCACAAAGCCUAAAACAUGGGCCAAUCUGUUAACACCCUCAGGAUCUCAGAGUGUUCGUGGUUCUCCUUAUGAUGGCUUGUUUAUUGCACUUCUAGUAGAAGAAAAGCAUAAAUACGAUAUUCUUCAAAGUGGUUUUGAUGGAAUUUACACAUAUUUUGCCACAAAUGGCUUUACAUAUGGAUCAUCUCAUCAGAAUUGGAAUAAACUGAAAUCAUUUUGUGAAAAGAACAACAUGAUAUUUAUCCCAAGUGUAGGCCCAGGAUACAUAGAUACAAGCAUCCGUCCAUGGAACACUCAGAACACCCGGAACAGAAUCAAUGGGAAGUAUUAUGAAGUUGGACUAAGCGCUGCACUCCAGACCCAGCCCAGCUUAAUCUCCAUCACCUCUUUCAAUGAGUGGCAUGAAGGGACUCAAAUCGAAAAGGCUGUCCCCAAAAGAACUGCUAACACGGUAUACCUGGAUUACCGGCCUCAUAAGCCAAGUCUUUACCUAGAAAUAACUCGAAAAUGGUCUGAAAAAUACAGUAAGGAAAGAAUGACGUAUGCAUUGGAUCAACAGCUGCCUGCUUCAUAAUGUAUCUCUUAUAGUCUGUCAAGACUCCUAGCUCAGUCAACACACUAUAUUAUGAGCUAUGAAAACUGUCAAAAUCAAUGUGUGCUUGCUACUGUAACCUUUAUCAGUUAUUUCAUUUUUACUUUUUAAAAGAUUCGUUUUUCUACAAUGGACAGUACCUUACAGAAACAUCUAACAAGAUAAGUUCUGUCAGUAACAUUCCUGAUGGUGUAGUUUUCUGAAUUUCUGACUAUAAUUAAAAUCUUAAUGGAGUUGCCUUGUUUUUGUUUCACAUUAAGAAAAUGAUUGUAUUACAUUACAAAAAGCAGCUAACAGCGAAUGUUCAGGUAAGUCAUACUUGUAUUCUGGGUCCAAAGACAUAGGAGUAUGUACAUGUUAGGUACAUCUGGCAACAGAAGUUCAGACCUAAAGGACAGUAAGUGAAUGUGCUUCAUUUCUGGACUCUUUGGUGAAGUUUGUUAAUAUUCAGAGUCUGGUUGGCUUCCCCUGGUGAUCCAGCUCACUUUUCAAGUUUGUUGUGAACACAGACCUGUUUAAGUAAAAAGUCAUUUUAUCGCAUUUUUCUGUUUCUGUUAGCCAUGGUCUGUUGAAGAAUGCCUGUGCAGGCAUCCAUUAGUGUCAGUGUUCGAAGACUCGGGUGCCUGUGGUGCUAAGUGCUUUUGCAUGUUGAAUGCCCCUGGAUUGUCCUGCUGAACUAAAAACUAGAAACAAUAGGUAGUUUGUUAAAUGUUCAUGACUGUUUCUAAUCUAUGAGAAAAAUAAUUGUUUAAGAGUGGUUAAAAUUUAAUGUUCACCAGAGACUACUGAACGGACUUUGAAAGGAUAAUGUUAAUACUCAAAAGUGUUUUCCUUUUAAUAUUUUAAUUUUACUGUAAUACAGAAAAUUUGCAUAUCACUUCAAAAAUAGAGAUACUUUUAAAGUAACAUCAUGUAUUUCAGUAAUGUCCUCACUUUAAUGUCUUACACUUAUAUAGUGGCUAUUGGUUUAAAAAGAAAAUGUUAGUGAUCCAUAGCUGUCAAGUGGUUACAAAUUGAUAAGUUCUAUGCUAAAAGUGGAAAUAAAAAUUGACUGAAUUCAAUAUUUAUAAUUAAAAUAGAAAAAAAACAGCCCAGCUAGUCUACAUAAUUUUACACAACUGUUAUUUCUUAGUUCUACAGCGAGAAUCAUUUAAGUAACACUAACAAAUAAUGCAUGCCUGUCUUCAUAGCCUAUAGACAUUGAGAAACAAGUAAGUUCUGGAAUUUAUCUUAAAAUACACAGCAGAGAGGACACAGCUUUAUGGUAAGGGUGAGUGAUAUGUGAGAAAAGUUCUUGUUGUGCAAGUAUGAGGGCCUGAGUCUGAACACCUAGAACUCACAUAAACAUGAGCUCAGUAGCAUACAUGUUUUAUUCCACAGCUCCUGCAGUGUAGACAAGACAGAGCCCAGGAGUGUAGGAGCCAGUUAGCCUUCUGUAGGUAGCAGCAAACAAGAGAUCCUGUCUCAAACAUGGUGGGAAGCAAAGGUCAACAGGCAAGGUCACUUGGACAUUCAAACCCACCUCAUGUCAUAUUCAGUCUCCCUCUUACUCUUGAAUGUUUGCAGAUACCCACACAGAGCUUUUUUAAAAUUAUUUUUAAAAUAAUGCUUGUAGACUAAAGUGUUUUUCAGGAGUUACACUAACCUUAUUAAAUUAAAAUUUUCUAUUUAUAAGAAAAUUCUUAGGACAUAAAAAAUAUGAGAAUAAUAGUCUGAUUUUUCCAGAUAAAUUGUAAGAAUGAUUAAGUGUAAUAUUUUGAUAUUACACAUCUCCAUUGGAAUAAGGAGAAAUAUAACCUAUAGAUUUUUCUCUUUGCUUUGCUACUACAUUAAAGCUAAUUAUCAAUACAUAGUUUUAUAGUAUAUGUUGUUUUCUUCAUUCCUUAUAUUGCAUUUUAUAUUUGAGUCCACCAUGACAAAAAGUGGAUGUUAUGAAACAAUUCUGAUAUUAAGAAACAGUCUGCGAAAAUAAGAUCAAGCAACUGUUAGUAAGAACUUUCACAGCAGACAGCUCACCCUAGCUGUUCCCAGUACUUCUCCACCCCAUCAGUAGUCAGAAGUUAAAAUUAGACAGAUACUAUCUUUAAAGAAUGUCUGUCUAACAAAUCACUGAACUAUCUUUUCAUAAGAAUUACUAGUUGAUAAUUAUAUAAAUAACCAUAGUCACCUCUGUGGUUUCCACAACCAAAUAUUCAGCCAACUAAGGAUCAAAAUACUUGGGAACAAAAGUCCAUUUGUAUAUAACAAACAUGUUUAGUGUGUUUCCAUCCCAUAAGCCAGAUAGUAUAACUACCAUUUAUAUUUUUCUAGGUAUUAUAAAUAAGCUGAGAGAGUUUAAAGUAUACCUGAAGAUCAUUGUGUGGUAUAUUCCAAUCCAGUUCCAUUUUUUAAAGGAACCUAAGCAUAGUCAGCCGUUUUUACCUGUGCAUCCUAAAGCCAGUUCCACACAAAUACCAUGGAGUGCUAUAUUCCCAACAUUGCUGGUGACUGUUAGAGGAUGCCUUCAGAGCCUCUUUCCUUUACCUCUGCUGUCUGACUGGAAACACAGCUAGAAUUACAAUGAUCACAAGUAAAUCUCAUCAAAUGAUCCCAUUCUUUUGUAAAUCUGAAAUGUUAGAAUCCAGUAAACUUAAAGAUAUAUAAUAUGUGUAAUGCAUGAAUUAGAAUCAGAUUUUUAUAAGGGUUUUUGAUUUUUUGGAUUAAUCCAUCUAAUUGUUUAGAAUGUAGAAUAGAACAAUAUCCUUAUUUCUUCUUUUAAUACAUAAUUGUAAACACUGACCCUUUUAAUGUUUACUUGAGUUGUAUAUUAACUUGCUUAUUUAUGUGUGUAAAUUGGGAAAUGGUUUAUUUUAUUAUAUGAUGUUAAUUUUUAUCUAAUAAAAGCAUAAAUGAAAGUAAA